AUGGCACAGCCUUACGCAAAGGUCGGACAGCCCCAGGCCUACCAGAGAUACUGCUCAGAACCUCGACCCGGCGAUAAACUACCACCGCUAGACUAUGAUAAGGGCGGACAUAUCCAUCUCGUUCCUGGCGAAGGUUACUGUCGAUGGCGACAUCCCGUCGCUAGAAUUCUCUGCAAGAAUGCCGAUCGCUACGACAGCCUCCAGCUUAGAGACCACUAUCGAAUCGAUCAUGGUUGCAAAGUUGCCCCUGAUGACAGUCCCUUGUUUGACGGGUUAGAUAGCAAGCGACAUCAACAGUCUAUGCAGUGGUACAGCGAUAUGCUGCAGGGUCGUAUGCCAUCCUGGCCUCCAGCUCCCGAACAAGAUUGCCAAAACAGUAGCUCCAACAGCACUCGGCCCAAAGUAGAGCCUGAGAGGCAAGAUUCCGGUGAGAUUCAAGUUCAACCGAAACAUGAUGUCGAACGAACAUCUUUUCCAUAUGUACUAGGAAAUCGACAAGCCAGCUCAAGUGGGGAAGAGAAACAGCCUCUUUAUUUGAAGAUCGAAGACCUAAAGUUGGGGUCCCAAGAAGAGUCCGAUCGCCAUAGCGCAGUUCGACUAUGCACUUUGUUCAACCAGCACCAAUCGAGUAUGCCUCCUCGCGUUCGAUGCAGGCUUCUUCAUCUGCUCACGAGCGGCCAAUUUCAGCAUAAUGCGCAGUCGAUAUUCCAACCGCUCAAGCACCAACUCAGCAUGCAUAUGUAUGACGAAGAGGUUGGAGAAGCCAAUUGGAUCAGUGUCACCUACGAAAGAUGGUUUAUUCUCGUCGGUAUAUAUGGGUGGGAUAUGUUGAGAGAGCACGCAGAUGGUAUCCGAAAGGCCGUGGUAAUGCGCUAUGGGGAGCCCAUCGAUGGGAACUUGGCAUUCAAGGACUCUUCGGACAACAGCGGAAGCAUCGUGCGUCCCUUUUUGUCACAGCUGGGCGAUGAGGUUUCCAUAUGGGGUCCCAUGACUCGACAAAAUGAGCAAUUGAUCCGACAACAUGAACAGACGAUCCGAGCGCAGUCCUCGGCGAUACGGGAACUCCAAGCGAUGAACGCAGCCCAACAGAAACAACUUGAAAAACUCAACGGCAUAGUCGGGAUUCAGCCAUGUCCUGGACCUCGUAAGCAUAUGGAUGAUGGAACCAAUGAUGUCGACAUGGGUCGUGACGCCAGUCAGGGCCAUGAGGAGCACAAGGAGAACAGUUUCAACACACGUGAGCAUCUUUCGGAUACCACUGCGUCCAGAAAGCGUAUCCGUCGUGGGUAG